AUGGACGAUCUCUGGCAGCCUCUCUUCCAGCACGCCUUUGAGUCCGACGUCGUGCUGCUCGGCGAGGGCGACACCGUCGGCCUGCACACCAACGGGGCCGCGCUCGUCGCCUUUGCGCCGGAACUCCAGGUCCACAUCGACAAAGCCACCGCCGCCGACAUCGAAAAAUCGGCCGUGGCGGUCGCCGACAAGGCUGACGUGGUCUCUGCCUCGACCGGCGCGGCAUCGGUCGCGCCGGCCGGCGUGGCGUCGGUCUCGGCCGGCGUGACGUCGGCCGCGGCGGGCCAAGUCGCGGAGACGUCCGACGCGAUCGCCAUCGCGCGGGAGGAGGGCCUCGCCAUUGUGCCGCUCCCAGGCUCGCGGCGCGCCAUCAAGCUCUUCCUGCGCCUGGCACACGAGUCGCUCCUCAAUGCCGGCGGGGCGAACAACUUCGACUGCGACGAAACAAUGUUCGACUUCCUAUUCGACAGCGAGUCGCUGCACUGCGAGUUCCUGGAAUUGUGCGUCCGCGUGGGCGACCAUGCGCAGGCGCUGACGGCGGGCGGAGGCAUCACGCGCGCCCUCAGCGCCUCGCUCGAAGCGACCACCACCCGGCUUGACGAUGGGAUCGACUCCGAGGCCGCGCUGCGCAUGUUCUGCUGCCUCUCCAAGCGCUUCUCCAAGCGCUCGGACCCGCCUGCCGACAUCGCCGGCUACAAGAGUGUCGUGGUUCGGCUGGCGGAGGAAAGCAUCGACAAGUCCUCUCUCAACCAUCUGCUGGCCCCGAGCAAGCUCGCAAGCCUCGAUAUCUCGCAGCUGGUCACGCUCGUCGACGUCCUCCCGCCCGACGCGAGCGCGGAUGGGCUGCUGCUGGUUGGCGACGUGAUUUUCUCCGACUUUUCUCGCAUCUCAGGCAGCAACCCGUCGUAUUCGACGUGGCAGCACAAGGUCUCGCUCUCCCCCGCCGGCACGACCGGCGCCGGCAAGUCCAUUAUCCUGUUCCUCAACGUGACUCCACGAAGCGGUGCGGAACGCAAGCCCGGGGCCAAUGAGCUCAAGAAGUGCGACGAGUUCGAUAUCAGUCUCUCCGUUGACGGGGAAUGCGCCUCGGACCACCCGCUGACCGUGUACGACGUGCAGCUGAAGGCGCGUGGGACCGAAAAGCCAUCGCCGAAGGUGGAAUCGAUGCGUGCCUCGUUCAUGUCUGAGUGCCUCAGCAUCGACCUCCGGACAGAGCUCUUUCAACCACCCGAGCCGCGCCCGAUCAACGUGGCGCUCGCGGACGGCACGGACCCCGACACGGGCUCGCCGUCACAUGUCGCCGGCUCCAUCGUGUCGGGCGUGCUGAAUUACCUCAUCGACCGCGUCGUUGCCACCGGGAAAAAGGAGGAGGAUUCGCCGACGGCGCCGUCGGUCAGGAUGUCGCAGGAGCCUGUCGCGCCGCCGCCGCAGCCAGCUCCAGCACCACCAGCUGCGGCGAUACAUCAGCUACGUGUCGCGUCCGAAAAGGCGCUCGCUGAUGCGGCGACCGAGGCCGAUGCUGCGGACAAGGAGACCGAUGCUGCGCCGCAGGACUCGGUCACGCGCCUCGGCCGCGCGCUCAACGGCGGCGACGACUCGGGGAGCGCGAGGGCGGAGCUGUCAUCGCUUUGCACCGUCCGCAUCGAGCUCCGCUGCGUGAAGGACGAGCGGCGACUCGCUCUUCUUCGCGCCUGGGCCAGCGCGCACGGGCUCGACAAGGAGGCGCCCUCGAUGGUUGAUCUCGUGAUGUACUACGAUGCGCUAUGCGAGCGCGAGUCGCCCGAGGCAAACGCGAGCGACCCGAUGCGCCCCGCCAGCGCCGACCCGCUCCGACGAAUCCUCUUUGACGACACGCUCGCCCGGCCCCUCGCCGACUCCCGCAGCCUGCGCCGCUUCUUCGAGGAGGGCGCCACCCGGCUCGGCGCGCCCGCAGUCCGCCGCCUGCUCGCCGCCCGCCCGACGCGAACCACCGUCCCUUCAGCCAGCCGCCCGACCAGCCCCUCGCCCGAGACGUCGGAGGCCUCGGGCCCCUCGCCCCCGUGCGCCACCGAGCAGCUGAGUGCGGAGCAGGCGGCGGCGCCGGUGCGCACGCCGUCGAGCUCCUCUGCCGACCAGCGCCGCGCGCUGGCCCAGCCAACGUCGCCAGGCGCCGACGCGGACGUGGACGGCGACGCAAGCGCCGAAGAGGCGCUGCUUGACGCGCUGCGGCCGUGGGCUGCGGCACACACGCCCGACGAGAUGGUGGCGGCGCACGUGCGGCAGCCCGACGGCCUCUUUGGCGACGCCGCCCGCGCGGGAAGCCCUCUGCGCGCCGCGCUGUCUGACGGGCUCCUCCCCGGCAUCGAGGCACUGCGCGGCAAGAGCUACGAGCGGAAGGCGAUCGAGGCGUACUGGACGAGAGAGAAGGCCGCCGUCUCGCCGGUCACGCGCAAGCCGCUCCAGUCCAAGACCCUCGUCCCAAACAUCAACUUGCGCGUCCUCUGCGAGGAGUACUCCGCAAGGCAGCGCCGACUCCACGGCGGCGCAACUUCGCCGCAGGACGUCGUCAUGGGCGCGCUGCUCCCGCCGCCGCACGCGCCCGGCGCGAAGCGCAGGCGCCCGGCAGAGCUGGAGCACGACGAGCAGGCCGCCUCGGGCGUGGCCGCAGGCGCCAAGCGCAAGCUUCGGCUGGCCUCCGGAGACGGAUCUCCGCCACCGGUCUGA